AUGUUUGGUGUGCUGUGCUAAUAUUAUAUAUAUAUAACCUAGAAAGUUGAAGAAUAUGAAAUGUGUGCUAAGUCGAUUCUAUGCAUUAGAAACUUGAGUUUGGAAGCAAAAUCUACUAAAUUCUUCACUACGCCCAUUUAUUAUGUAAACGCAAAUCCGCACAUCGGUCAUUUAUAUAGCUCUCUGAUAGCGGACGCAUCCAAAAGAUGGCAGCAGAUAUUCAAAAAAGACUCCUCUGUAAAGUUUUCCACUGGCUGUGACGAACACGGAUUAAAAAUUCAACAGGCUGCACAAAAAAAUCAAACGUCUCCUCUUCAUUACUGCGACAAGAUUUCGAGCCGCUUCAAAGAUUUGGCAGACGAAUUCAGUAUCGGAUAUACAGAUUUCAUCAGAACCAGCGACCAGAAGCAUAAAAGUACAGUCGAACUGUUUUGGAAAAAAUUGGAAGAUAAUAAUCAUAUUUACCUAUCAAACUAUGAGGGCUGGUACUGCAUUCAGGACGAAACUUUCCUGAAGGAAUCUCAAAUUGUGGAGAAAACAGGAGACGAUGGAAAGAAGUUCCUUGUAUCCAUGGAGAGCGGACAUCCUGUAGAGUGGACGACAGAGGAAAAUUUCAUGUUCAAAUUGAGUAAAUUCCGAAGCGAUAUCGAACAUUGGAUAACAAGAAAUGAGCACACCGUCCGCCCGAAAAAGUUCCAGAAAAUCCUGCUGGACUUCCUGGAGCAGGAGGAGGACUUGUCGGUGUCGCGGCCCUCCUCGCGAGUGCGGUGGGGCAUCCCCGUGCCCGGCCGCCCCUCUCACACCGUCUACGUAUGGCUGGACGCUCUCGUCAAUUAUCUGACGGCGGUGGGGUACGGGAAAGAGGGAGAGGUAUUUGACAGAUGUUGGCCGCCCCAUUUGCACGUCAUCGGGAAGGAUAUACUCAAAUUCCAUGGUAUUUAUUGGCCAGCGUUUCUCAUGGCUGCCAACUUGGAUCCGCCAAAAUCGAUCUUGUGUCAUUCACAUUGGACCGUGGACGGCGAAAAAAUGUCCAAGUCCAAGGGAAACGUCGUUUGUCCUUUUGACAGAGCACAAACCUACACCACCGAUGGACUACGGUAUUUCUUGUUGAGAGAAGGAGUUUCUCACAGCGAUGGAAAUUAUAGUGAUACGAAAGUUUUGAGGAUUCUGAAUUCGGAAUUGGCCGAUACGUUGGGUAACUUGCUGAGUAGAUGUUGUGGAACAGUCCUGAAUCCUGAUCAGAAAUUUCCAAAAAUUGAUUCGCAAGCCUUUGAUCGUAUUAGUUCUCUCGAUUGCACCAAAAAUUUGUUGGAACAUGUGGCAAAAUUACCCGGCAUUUGUCGAGAUCAUUAUGAAAGUUUGAACUUCUACAAAGUGGCGGACGCAGUGAUGACGACCUUGCAUGUUGCCAACUUGUUUUUCGAAACUUUGAAGCCGUGGGAACUCAAAAAGAACUCUGAAAGUCGGGAGGAGCUGAAGGUCGUUCUCCACGUGACCUUGGAGACUCUUCGAGUCAGCGCCAUCUUGUUGCAACCGAUGAUCCCACGUUUGUCCGAAACAUUGUUGGACAAAUUGGCUGUCGGGAAAGGAGAGAGGUUUUUUGACGAUUUGGAUCGGUUUUCUUGGGCACAGAAGGAAUUCGAAGAGAGGCAUUUAGGAAUGGACAAAGUUGUGUUGUUCAGGAGGAUUUCACUUGGAGAUGACUUAAAAGGCAGCAAUAGGAGGAAAUGAGAAGCAAAAUGAAUGUCAGUAGGCGUAAUUCGAUUUGGACUUUUAUUUAGAAGUGGACAGCAUUUUCAACAAUUACAAGGAUAGGUAUAAAACAUUCAAUUUGUGUCACAUCCAAGUUUAUAUCAUUCUUUUAACCGAGUUGAGUUCGACCUAGAAAGAAAUAAUCUGCCAUUGAGGAGAAUAACGUGAACAUCAAUUAUGACGAUGUAGGUUUUGGGGAGUGGUAUAUUUUUUUCUGAUCGAACAAAUCUGCCAACAUACGAAUUAUAGGCUAAGCAUAUUAGGAUUUUCAGAGGAAAGUUUUGCUAUAGUUUUGAU